AUGAAAGACGACUCUCAAUCUAGCCAAGUAAACACACCACCAAAUGAGGAUGAUGAUGAUAAUAGUUUCCGACACUACAAUCAAGAAACUGGGCAUAAGUCUGAUCCUAAGACUGAAAUUGAAUCCUAUCUACAAGAAACACGGGUACCAUAUGUUAAAACAAUUGAGUUUGACAUCUUAGGUCCGUGGAAAGUCAACUUAACUAGAUAUCCUAUUUUGACAAGCAUAGCUCGAGAAGUGUUGGCUAUUCCCGCCUCUACUGUAGCUUCAGAAUCUGCUUUCAGCACUGGUGGAAGAGUUAUUAGUGAUUAUUGCACUUUCCUAACACCUAAAAUGGUGGAAGCGCUUGUUUGCACGCAAGACAGGUUGAAAGGAGAAUCAAUCUUCUUAUUUUCUGAGGAGAACCUUGAUGAGAUCCAUCAAUUGGAGUAG